AUGGACCACAGAGAAACAGACGAACCGGAAUUUUCGAAUACCACUAUUCUUCUUGUUGGGAUCUCUGCAGAUUUACUGAGAGUAAUUCUCGGGUGGACCAGUAACAGGAAUGCCGGGGCGAGCUCGGUUAUAACAGACAGCUUACACAGUUCCAGCGAUCUGACAACUAGUAUUAUUACGCUCUUGGCCAAUUUGACGACACAACAUCUAUGCGAAAUCGUUAUAGAUUCAUGGAAGCUGGAAUUUCUUGAAACUUUCUUGUCUUUGUUUAUUGGGACAUCGCGAAUAGGGUUGGCUCUUCACACAGCAUGUGAGAACGUGGUAGCUCUCAAGUUUCGAUGUCCAAGAGAAGUAGAGGGCCAAAUCCUCAGGAACAAGCAUCUUGAGACGAUAUCAAUAGCUAUUAUGACAAUAUUUGUCAAGGAAUGGAUGCAUCGCAAAACUAUACGAAUUGCCAAAGCAGCAGACUCAGUGUUGCUCACAAAAGUAGCCACACAUCACCGCAUCGAUGCUAUCUCAAGUAUGGUCACUUUGACGAGUGCGGUCAUGGACUUUUUUGUGAGUAACAUGACAUGGGUGGAACCCGCUGGUGGACUGGUCAUAUCAUUGCUACUCCUCCAGUCAGGGAUUCACGAUGUUGUGUCGGCGUGCCAAGUACUGCAUGAUCAUUUGAGCAAGCGAAUCAGAGAUAAUUGA